CCCUGAGCUGCAGCCAUCUUGGAUGUCCGUCAGUAGCGCAUAGCGCAGCAGAUAUGGCCGGAAUAGGAACAGGGCCGCCCUAAAGCUAAAGCUCAGCCCGCUUCAUCGGCCUCCAAACACGGGCACAUCUACAAGGUCCCCCCGCUACUGGACACCAUCGCCAAACGGAAUAAUGAAAAGUGACCUUUACGCGCAAACGGCGGCGUGAUUGUGUCUGGACUGGGGAUUGUGGAUUUACGCGUCGGUGGUGUCUGUCUGUCUGUGGACUGCGGAGGAUAUCGUAUCGUACUGGGGCCUGCACAGCAGAGCAGGGCUCUAAAUUAACACCAGCCAACCAGCCAAAGGCUGCUCAUGCUGGGGAAGACCAACGUACUAACUUGACCCAUUAGCGAGUGUGCGUUUUGGGCUGGUAAGAUUAACAUCUACAAGCCAUUUUGGCUGCUAAUAAAGACAAUUGAAUUUAGAUAGAGCCCUGCCUGUUCAGCAUAGACGGCUUGACUUGGGGUAUUUUCCUUCCGUACUCCGGACAUCCGAUACUCAUAGUAAACGGAAACAACAAGCCUUAAAAAGGAGUCGCUUUACAUUACAGCUCUGGACUGUAGCUAUUGUCAGUAUUUCUCUCCUGAAUGUAUUUUUCGGUUAUAACGGAAUAGUGAAAGGCAAUAGGAUGACAUUGUAGUAUAUCAAAAUAGUCGUGACUGACUGUGUGCCGUAGUCUGGACAGACUACUACCGGGGGUGUCUGAUAUCAAGGCAUCUAAAGGUUGUAACUUUUUUCAGGCAAGUUUGAUUCAGUGAGUCCGCUGUUCGGUCAUUUGGUUUCUGGUUUCCAGACUCCAUGGUAUUAUUUAAGGCUCUGCCUGCCGUCUCGCAAGUUUGCGUCCCGUCCCGCCGAGGGGAUUUGGUGCAGUGAAGUCUACAGCAGCUUAGACAGGAAGAGAAGACGCGAGACAUGUCAACAAGGACGCCACUACCCACCGUCAGCGAGCGCAAGACGGAAAACCACACGUCCAAUGGUCACCGCGGUGAUGGGUCUCGGUCUGCGCGCUCGAGUGGGCGGUCCCGGACGUCCGGGGGAGGGGCGUCGGAAGACCCGCCCCCUCACGUGGGAAACUACCGACUCCUGAAGACCAUCGGGAAAGGGAACUUCGCCAAAGUCAAACUGGCACGACACAUCCUCACCGGCCGAGAGGUUGCCAUCAAAAUUAUUGACAAGACACAGCUGAACCCCACCAGCCUGCAAAAGCUCUUCAGAGAAGUUCGCAUCAUGAAGUUGCUGAACCAUCCCAACAUUGUGAAGUUGUUUGAGGUGAUUGAGACUGAGAAGACUCUGUUCCUCGUGAUGGAGUACGCCAGUGGAGGGGAGGUGUUUGACUACCUGGUGGCCCAUGGCAGGAUGAAGGAGAAGGAGGCCAGAGCCAAAUUUAGACAGAUCGUCUCGGCUGUACAGUAUUGUCACCAGAAACGCAUCGUACACAGAGACCUGAAGGCUGAGAACCUCCUCCUGGAUGCGGAUAUGAACAUCAAGAUCGCUGAUUUCGGCUUCAGUAACGAGUUCACUGUGGGCAGUAAACUGGACACCUUCUGUGGGUCACCGCCCUACGCAGCACCGGAACUCUUUCAGGGUAAGAAGUACGACGGGCCCGAGGUGGACGUGUGGAGUCUGGGGGUCAUACUGUACACGCUGGUCAGCGGGUCACUACCCUUCGACGGACAGAACCUAAAGGAGCUGCGUGAGCGUGUGUUGAGGGGUAAAUACCGGAUCCCCUUCUACAUGUCGACUGACUGUGAAAACCUGCUCAAGAGAUUCCUGGUGCUCAACCCCCUCAAACGAGGAACACUGGAGCAAAUCAUGCGUGACCGCUGGAUUAACGUGGGCUCAGAGGAGGAGCAGCUGAAGCCGUUUACAGAACCCGAAUCAGACAUCUCAGACCAGCAGAGAAUAGAGGUCAUGGUGGGUAUGGGCUACUCCAGAGAGGAGAUUGAAGAGUCGUUGUCCAAGAUGAAGUACGAUGAGAUCACGGCCACAUACCUGCUGCUCGGACGCAAAGCCAAUGAGGAGAUCAGUGAGUCCAGCUCCAGCAGCUCAUUGGCUAAGAACAGAGCCUCCACCGAGCUCAACGGCCAAUCACCUUCCCACCUGAGAGUGCAGAGGAGCGUCUCAGCCAGUCAGAAGUCACGACGCUACAGCGAUCAAGUGAGUCCGGCGUCCACUGGCUCCGCCUCUAAAAGGGGCGUGUCCAGUUCUGGGGAGGGGGAUGGGAAGCUGGAGGGGGGUGUGGGGGUGCGUAAGUCGUCCUCACACACCACCCCGUCACACACCCCCUCCUCGCGCACACACACUCCCCCCUCCCCCAUGCUGGGCAACGCAGCCAAUCCCAACAAGGCAGACAUCCCCAAGAGAUCCAGCAUCGCCACGCCCAACAAUGCCGCUGGCAUGUCUCGGAGGAAUACAUAUGUGUGUACAGAGCGGAACAAUGCUGAUCGCCUCUCUGUGAUUCCCAACGGCAAAGAGAACAGUGCGUCCUUGUCCCCUAGCCAGAAGGCUCCCGAAAUAUGUCCUUCAGGUUUAACAAAAGAUCUUGCCAAUGCAUUCGGAUCUGUGCCACAUGAGAUGUUGUGGACAGCGUUCAACUUCUUCCAAGUCCCAGAGACCAUCACAGGGCUGGUCAAAGCGUACUUCCAGGACCUGCAGUUCUGUGUCACAGCCCAGGCUAGUACAACUGCCUGGCAGCACCUCGAGGUUGGCAUUAUGGCGGGCUGCACCAUUUCUCCACUGGCGUUUACCAUGGCUAUGGAGCUCAUCAUACGAGCAUCGAGAUGGGUGGUUGGAGGGGAACGGUUGAAGAAUGGGCUGCGUCUUCCUCCAAUCAGGGCUUAUAUGGAUGACAUGACGACAAUAACAACAACACCUGCAUGCACCAAGCGCCUACUGGACAAACUCCAGGGAAACAUCCAAGGGGCACGGAUGGCGAUCAAACCUAGCAAAUCCCGCAGCUUAUCCAUUGUCAAGGGCCAGCUUACAAAUGAGAGGUUCCACGUCAACAACGAGCCAAUACCAAACAGUUUUCUGUAG